AAUCUACAAUGGAAUGGUUCAAAAAUAAACAUAUCCAGGUGUUAGAAUGGCCAAGUCAAAGUCCAGACCUGAAUCCAAUCGAGAAUCUGUGGAAAGUACUGAAAACUGCUGUUCACAAAUGCUCUCCAUCCAACCUCACUGAGCUCGAGCUGUUUUGCAAGGAGGAAUGGGAAAAAAGUUCAGUCUCUCGAUGUGCAAAACUGAUAGAGACAUACCCCAAGCGACUUACAGCUGUAAUCGCAGCAAAAGGUGGCGCUACAAAGUAUUAACUUAAGGGGGCUGAAUAAUUUUGCACGCCCAGUUUUUGAUUUGUUAAAAAAGUUUGAACUAUCCAAUAAAUGUCGUUCCACUUCAUGAUUGUGUCCCACUUGUUGUUGAUUCUUCACAAAAAAAUACAGUUUUAUAUCUUUAUGUUUGAAGCCUGAAAUGUGGCAAAAGGUCGCAAAGUUCAAGGGGGCCGAAUACUUUCGCAAGGCACUGUAUACCUUAGAGGCUCAGUAAUCAAGGAAGGCACUGAUUUCACCAGAGAGGCACCAAUCUCAUGACCUGCUGCUGAUAUCUUUGUUACCAAUUACCUCCAUUACAGCAGAAGGAUCAAACUGGAGCAUAGAAGGGAAAUGCCACUUCAUGUAAUCUAAGUGGUUUUCUAAAUUGUAUUUGACAGAGAGGAAACCACAUUCACAAAAACAUAUUAAAUUCACAUGAAAUAACAUCAGAAUCACUCUAGGUAUUAUUUCCAACAAUAAAUUGAGAUGGAAUAGUUCUAGAUGCCAUUUUCUUUUUCAAUAGUUCCAAGUUGACUUUAUUUUAUUUAAGCAUUCUUGAAAUGUGUUGGUAAAAUAUAUUUUGGGAUAUAUCUGAAGUAGGUGAGUAAAUUUGUUCUUAUACUUUUUGUAAUUUGUAGAAUUUAGGGGAGAGGGAUUUGUGAGAAACCUUUUUAUACAACUUUUUUGGUUCUGGAAACCAAGGUUUCCAGAACCCUUCUGCUGCUCUCUUACGUGGGUUAACUAUGGUAGUGAAUUACAGAAUUAAAAGAUGUGAGAAAAGUCUGGCAAGCAGACUCUACAUCAGCCUGAUUUAUUAUAAUGGUUAUUGAAGAGAGAAUCUAAAAUGGAGAAAUGUAAUUAUGACAUCGUAUGACUUUAGGAUGUUGGAAAAACCCUUAUUUAUCAUGUCAAUAUGUUUAGCAUUGUAUGACUUUAUACAUACUGUAGAUAUUACUAUUUUUUUGCUUUAUUUAUACACAAUGAUAACAGAAUAAGACUAAGCAAUAAAUAAACCUUGAUUUACUUGCUCUUUCUGUACUCUCUUGAAGGUUUUGAAAUCCUCCCGUUUGGCUUCAGUCCAGACUCACCACUCCCUCUCAGCUCUCAAACAUACCAUGAAACCACAAGGCGUGCCUUUUCACAGAAUCGAAACUGUUCUCUUCCUGGCGGAAAAGAAAGACCAACAUGUUAUAGUUUGUUCUCAGAUAUGGCUGUGUCUCGCAUAUCUGUCAGGAAGGACCACCUCAGCUGUCCACUCUGCCAGGAGGUGCUCAGUAAUCCAGCUGCUAUUCCCUGUGGACACAGUUUCUGCAUGAUCUGUAUCCAGGACUUCUGGGACAAUGAAGAAAAGGGUGAUCGUUUCUGCAGCUGCCCUGAAUGCCAAGACUCCUUUCAGCCGAGGCCUAUCCUGAUCAAGAACAUUGUUCUGGCUGAAAUGGUGGAAGGAAUGAAGAAGUCCAAGUGUGGAAAUAAUGUGGGUGCUGGAGGUAAGCGCAGACCUGUUGAAGACGGUCAGGAGGCAGGCCCUUCGCCCAGUCAUGCUCUGGGUUGGGCCAGACCCACAAAGAUACCCAAAACCACUAGAGUCUCAGAGGUACCGAAGAGCAGAGUAUGUCCUAUACAUGGCAGACUGCUGGAGAUUUACUGCUGUGAUGAUGAUCAAUGCAUCUGCCCUCUAUGCGCCCUGGUUGAGCAUAAAGCACAUAACAAUUUGUUGGCGAAAGAGGGACGGAAAAGGAAGCAGGAACAGCUCCAGGACAUUAAGAAGGAAUCCAAGCAGAGGAUCAAAAUGAGGGAACAGGAGCAGAAGGACAUAAGAGAGAACAUAAAGAGGGUUAAGGAAGGUGGUAGGGCUGCUGAGGAGCACUGCGAGGGCGUCCUCUCUGGGCUGAUCGACUCCCUCCAGAGGCACUACUCCACAGUGAGAGAGUUGAUCUUGGCCCACGAGACAGCUGCAGUGGCUCAGGCAGAGAGCUCCCUGUGCAGCAUGGAGAAAGACAUGGCUGCCCUGAAGAGGAGAGACGCUGAGCUGGGGCAGCUCUCACAGACAGAUGAUGAUAUCCACUUCCUCCAGAGAUUGCCCUCUCUCUCUAACCUCCCAGAACCCACUGACUUGUCCAGUGUCUCGACGGAUCCACACCUCCCCUUUGAGGCCAUAACGAGUGCUGUCUCAGAGUUUGGGAAUCGACUGGAGGCUUUCGCUGAGGAGGAAAUCAGUACAGUGUCUCAAACUGUGGCUGGAAAUGGAGGUUCCCAGUCUCCAGACCAUAGAGUCAUACCUGAGCAGCUUCCAGUUGUCAGUGCUGCACAGACCCCAGAGCCUACGACCAGAACAGAAUUUCUACAGUAUGCUUGUGAGCUUACCUUGGACCCCAACACUGCCCACAAGGACCUCUCCCUCUCAGAGGACGGCAGAAUGGUGAGGUGGGAUGCUAAAAAGCAGAAGGAACCGGUCCAACCUCACUCUGAGAGGUUUAACUACCGUCGCCAGGUGCUGUGCAAGAAGGGGCUUGAAGCUGAGCGCUGCUACUGGGAGGUGGAAGUGGUGGGGAACAAGGCUGAGAUUGCCCUGGCCUAUUGGGGCAUAGACAGAAAAUCAGUCUCUAAGAGAUCCGCUUUUGGGGCCAGUGACCAAUCCUGGAGCCUUGACCGUUCUAAAGGCUAUUCUGUGUGCCACAACAGUGAAGGUGUUGCACUCUGUGCAACCCCCAGCCAGUGCAGAUUAGGGGUUUACCUGCAAUUUAAGGAGGGCACCAUAACAUUUUAUGAAGUCUCAGAUAAGAUGGAGUUACUCUACAGAACCAAGAAGUUCACAUUCACUGAACCCCUCUACCCAGGGUUCUGGCUUGGGGAGGAGAGUUGCAUCACACUAUGUAAUCUGAGGCAUGAAAGAUUCUAACCAUGAGAGUAAAACUAGGACAUAGAGAUCGGGUUGCAAAAAUCUGGUAACUUUCCCCAAAUUCCAUGUUUGCCAGAAAUCCAUGUUGGAUAAUUCCCAGAAUCAGGAGGGAAUAAGCAGGAAAUCCACAAUCCUCCAAACAGGAUUUCUGGGAAUCUUGGGAAAGUUACCAGAUUUUUGCAACCCUAUAUAGAAAAUAAUAUACUAGAAAGUGUAGACUGUGGAUAGAAGUUCAAAAUAAAGCUAUAUACAUGGUAAACAUCCUGGAUAACAGUUAAAAGGCUUUAGAAUGCUGUUAGGUUUUGGGGCAUCAUAUCUUGGUUUUAUUAGCUUGUAAACCUCUAAAAUCAGCUUGUACCCUCUUUACAUUUGUAAUAUCGACGUAUUUGUAAUAUCUACUGAAACAUUUUUACAUUUUUCAUACAAUUUUUAUAAAAAUAAAAUCACGCAAAUUAAGUGCUAAA